GGUCUCGGCCGCUCAAGCAAGAAGAAGAAGAAGAAGACAGAGCUUCCAUCAUGGUGGCUGUGAAGAAAACCAAGAAGACCCAUGAGUCUAUCAACAACAGACUCGCUCUUGUCAUGAAGAGUGGCAAGUUCACCCUCGGCUACAAGACCGUCAUCGACACCCUCCGUAACUCCAAAGGGAAGCUGAUUAUUAUCUCGAACAAUUGCCCACCUCUAAGGAAGUCCGAAAUCGAGUACUACGCCAUGCUUGCCAAGGUUGGAGUUCAUCACUACAAUGGAAACAAUGUUGACUUAGGUACAGCCUGUGGCAAGUACUUCCGUGUGUCAUGCCUAAGCAUUAUCGAUCCAGGUGAUUCGGAUAUCAUCAAGACGCUGCCUGGUGAUCAGUGAAUGGAUUGUGGACACUGCCUCUGUAUUACAUUAUUUUAGGCUUGUUUGUGCUUUAUGAACGAUGAUGUAUGCCCCGGUGGUCUUUAAAGAUUUUGUUUGUGGGUAUGUUAGUAUUCACUUGAUCAGACAAGAUCCUGCGUUUAAGAUUUUUCAAGUUAAUUUUGUUACAAUUGGAUACUCACAUUCCUAUUUUA